GGGGUGGGGUUUGUGGCCUGCAAUUAACUUCCCCACCCAGCCAUAUUGCUGUUAUACUGUAAUGUUGGUAAAAAAAUCAGGUUUGCAGCCUCAUUUAACCCCUUAAGCUCUUAAGCUUAUUUUGGAUUUCCAACUGAAAUUGACAUGACAUACAGUUAAGUAAAUAAAUAAAAUUGGCGUCAUUUUAAAGGAAACCCCUUAAUGUUGAAAAACAUUACACUGAAAUGUGUAAUUACACUGAUCACAGGCAGUCCCCUGCUCAAUGUCUACAUCGUCGCUGAUGAUGCGCCCACCAUGCCUCCUCUGCCCAAACUAGUCACUUCUUCGGCCCCUCUCCUCUGGUUCCCUCAAGUCCCUUGUCUCCUCCUCUUUUAAUUUCAAUCCUUCAAGCUAGACUCGCUGCAGAUCUUUUGGUCACCAGCUCUGCCUUGGAGAGUGGAUCUCCUGACUUCAUUUUGGGCCUCCGAUCCAGUUACUUCACUUCUGCCCAUCGACCAGUCGGCGCCCUAAUGGCUCCACCAAGCUCCCUUGUCUCCCCCGUCUCCACCUUGAUCAGAGAUCGCUCUGCCUAUGCCAUGGACUUCCAGUGCUUUAGCUGCGCUCCAUCCCUCCACCCCUACAGCUCCGUUGGCCUUCACCUUGGUCACACCGGAGUUGCCUCAGUCCUCUGGUACCUUGGUUCCACCUCGAGUGCUCAUCUCUGCGGCUCCGUCUAAGCCACUGGAUCCUAUGGUGUCAUCCAAUCUCGUCAUCACCUCAGCUUCGCCCAGGACUACAGAUCUCGCUGUUCCAUCGCUGGUGGUCGGGUCACUAACUCCACCCUGGCUCCUCCCAACAUCGAUUCCGCUGUGGGUCUUUGUACCACCUGGGCUUGAAGCUUCAACCUGCUCCAUUCCAACAGUGCAUCCUCCAUGGCUCUUCCCACCAUCAGCUCUGCCAUGGAAGUCCUCUGCUCCUCUACUCUCCUGAACUUAAUUUGAACAUUUAUCAUUUACGGUGCCAGGAAUUGCCUUCUGGAAGGAUGGAGUUCUGUCAAGUUUUGCCUUAGUUUUGCUUUUGUUUUCUGUAUGUUUAGUCACCUGUUUUCCUGUGUUAAUUUGUUCUCCUUUUUCCACCACUAAUUAGUUGUUAUGGACACUCAUUUACUAUCACACCUCUUAGUCUUUGUGUAUUUAAGUACCUCGUUUCCUUUCAUUCAUUAUCGAUUAUCGUAUUAUUUGUGCUGUGCAUAUAUUAUUCAAUCUCUUAAUCUUCGGCAGAAGAGAGAAAUUAAUCGUGCUGAUUCUCUCGUCAAAGUGAAUCACAGUUUCAAGCCAUGUGGCUGAAUUAAAAGAAUUAUAUUUUUGCAGUAAAGUUGAGUAGGCUAGAUAUUUUUACAUUUUUAAACUAUUACUUUAAGUUGUGUUGAAUUCAUGUUUAUAAAAGAGACGCUGUAGACAGUGACGUCAUAUCACGACCGUUACAGCAUCCGAAGAAAUUUUACACGUUCAAAGUCCAGUGUGACCGCGGCUUUAGGCUAUAGACUGUUAAUAGUAAUUUUAAUUAAUUUUAAUUUCAUUACCUGUUUUUAAAUAAUUUUAAAUGAUCUUUUUUUAUUAGACAGCUCUGUGUAAUACUUGGUUCUGAUUGGUCAAUCGCGCCAUCCAGCGGUAUGUUAUGCUGCCUUCACAUGCUAUCAGAAAUUAUUAGACGUCUAUUAGACAUAAAAUUGCUUGCUGGGGGGUUUCUUUUUCAGUAUCUUAAAAUAACUAAUUUGUGUUAGAGGAUAUAAAAAGGGAGGGGAAAUAUGUCAUUAUGAUAUAAGGGAGCGCGGGGCACAAACUAACACGGGGUUAGUUGUAACAUACGGUUUAAAGACUUCCACACACGCUAGCAUGAAGAAACUUAACAGAUUUACUAGUUGCCAUAUCGACAAUAUAUAGAGAAAUAAUUGCGCCAAAAUUAAAAAAAAUCUUUGGAAGAUAUUAGGCUACUGAACAUUUAUUUAACAAUAGCAAAAGUAAAUUUCUUACUUAAGUUAAUUUUUCAUCUAUAUUUUUUGCUUUUAUUUAAAAUUAGACAAAUCUGCUAUUGUUUUAAUCUCCAAUCUGUUGUUUAGCGGAUUGGGUAGUUCUUUAAUGCUUCACUAACUAUCAGAUGGCACUAACCAGGUUUAAAGUCCAGUUGCGCAGAUAGGGUUCGUUGUAACACUGCGUUACAGUGUGCCCCGCUAGAACUACUAUAUUCUAUACAGUUACGAUAUAACUGACAUAAUUAACUUCUAUGAAUUUCUGUGGAGAAACCAUAGGGAAAAAGGUGAAUAAAGACUGAGAGGAAUAACGUGAACAUCCAGAAAAUAUUAUUUCAAGAAAUGUUCAGCAUUUGUACUGUCUCGUGUUCUGUGACAGCUGUGAGUACAGGGAGAGGAGUGUUGAGUUCAGCUCUGUGUUUUUCUGAAUGUCUGGAUAUGUUUCUUCAUCUGUUUGCCUAUAUUGUUUUGAUCUAUAGCUGUGUUUUACAGAGUGUACUACAAAAUUAUUUAAAUUGGAAUUUCUAAAAAAAAUAUAUAUAUGCUAUUUUAUAAGAAAAAUAUGUCUUUUAUUGACAAAAUAUUUUAGUUUGUCAUGUAUAUUUUUUUAAUUAAGUCAGAUUAAAAUGUUUAGCUCUCUGUUCAUGUUACAAUGUGUCCCACCUAUGGGGCAUGUUGUCACAUUUCACUUCCCUUCUUUCGGGGUAAAAAAAGAAAAAAGUAUACACUGUAUUAAUGAGACAAAGCCACAUAUUUGUACCAGACAUGUGUGAAAUUAAUGUGGAACAAAAGAAAUUCCCUGAACCCAUAAGUAGAUUAUUUACACAAACUGAGAAAGUCAAAAAGCGUUAGGUUGUGCCUCGCUCUCCCUACACUUCACCAGUCGGUGGCGGUAAUACCAAUUUGUUGUUUGUCAACCACCAAUAAAAUCUCAAAAGAAGGAGGAAACGAUUAUUACUGAACUGAAAGUGAAACUUACUUAGAAAAAUGGCGACACAAUCUUUUGCCGAGGAGGAUUUCUCUUGUCCAGUGUGCUGUGAUAUUUAUAUAAAUCCUGUUCUUCUGCCAUGUAGCCACAGUGUUUGUUCAAGCUGUAUUCAGAGAUAUUGGGAAAAUAAAACAUUAAAAGAGUGUCCGGUUUGCCGAACAACAUCUUCAAAUGAUCGUCCUCCGUUAAAUCUGGCCUUGAAGAAUCUGUGCGAGAGUUUUCAACAGGAGAAAAGUCAGAGAUCUUCAUCUGAAGAUGAAAUGGUCUGUAGUGUUCACAAAGAGAAACUCAAACUCUUCUGUCUGGAUGAUCAACAGCUCGUGUGUUUGGUGUGUCGAGACUCCAGAAAACACUCCAAACACAGAUUCUGUCCUGUAGAUGAAGCUGCGAUGGACAAUAAGGAGAUACUCAAAUCUUCAUUGGAACGCUUACAGGAGGAACUGAGAAUAUCUGUGAAUCAUGAACAGAAUCUGUGUAAAACUGCUGAUGAUAUUAAGUCUCAAGCUCAACUCACAGAGACGCUGAUUAAACAGGAGUUUGAGGAUCUUCACCAGUUUCUACGCAGUGAAGAAGCGGCCAGAAUAACAGCACUGAGAGAAGAAAAAGAGCAGAGGAAUCAGAUGAUGGAGGAGAAGAUGGAGGAGACGACCAAACAGAUUUCAUCUCUCACAAGCAUAAUCGAAGAUAUAGAGGAGCAGAUGAAGACUGAAGAUGUUUCAUUCCUGCAGAACAUUAAGGCCACAUUGCAAAGAGCCCAGUAUAGCCUUCCAGAUCCAGACCUCAGUCCAAAUGUGACGAUCACUUUCACAGAUCACCUGACCAAACUGAAGCUCAAUGUCUUACAGAAGAUGCAGGAAAACUUUGGUAAAACUUCAGAGUUCAGCAUCAAUCGUUCUCAUGAAGACAAGGAUUUUCAAAGUACUGGAGGAAAUAUGUUUGGAGUCCAACAGUCCAAAAAAGGACCACUGCAAGAAGUGAAAGAAAUGAAACCCCAGCCCAAGUUCUCCUUUAAAGACUUUCAGCAACAACUGAAAGAAAUGAAACCCCAGCCCAAGUUAUCUUUUAAAGACUUUCAGCAACAAGUGAAAGAAAUGGAACCCCAGCCCACGUUCUCCUUUAAAGACUUUAAGCAACAAGUGAAAGAAAUGGAACCCCAGCCCACGUUCUCCUUUAAAGACUUUAAGCAACAAGUGAAAGAAAUGGAACCCCAGCCCACGUUCUCCUUUAAAGACUUUAAGCAAGAAGUGAAAGAAAUGGAACCCCAGCCCACGUUCUCCUUUAAAGACUUUAAGCAAGAAGUGAAAGAAAUGGAACCCCAGCCCACGUUCUCCUUUAAAGACUUUAAGCAAGAAGUGAAAGAAAUGGAACCCCAGCCCACGUUCUCCUUUAAAGACUUUAAGCAAGAAGUAAAAGAAAUGGAACCCCAGCCCACGUUCUCCUUUAAAGACUUUAAGCAAGAAGUGAAAGAAAUGGAACCCCAGCCCACGUUCUCCUUUAAAGACUUUAAGCAAGAAGUAAAAGAAAUGAAACCCCAGCCCAAGUUAUCUUUUAAAGACUUUCAGCAACAAGUGAAAGAAAUGGAACCCCUGCCCAAGUUCUCCUUUAAAGACUUUCAGCAACAAGUGAAAGAAAUGAAACCCCAGCCCAAGUUAUCUUUUAAAAACUUUCAGCAACAAGUGAAAGAAAUGGAACCCCAGCCCACGUUCUCCUUUAAAGACUUUAAGCAAGAAGUGAAAGAAAUGGAACCCCAGCCCACGUUCUCCUUUAAAGACUUUAAGCAAGAAGUGAAAGAAAUGGAACCCCAGCCCACGUUCUCCUUUAAAGACUUUAAGCAAGAAGUGAAAGAAAUGGAACCCCAGCCCACGUUCUCCUUUAAAGACUUUAAGCAAGAAGUAAAAGAAAUGGAACCCCAGCCCACGUUCUCCUUUAAAGACUUUAAGCAAGAAGUGAAAGAAAUGGAACCCCAGCCCACGUUCUCCUUUAAAGACUUUAAGCAAGAAGUAAAAGAAAUGGAACCCCAGCCCACGUUCUCCUUUAAAGACUUUAAGCAAGAAGUAAAAGAAAUGGAACCCCAGCCCACGUUCUCCUUUAAAGACUUUAAGCAAGAAGUGAAAGAAAUGGAACCCCAGCCCACGUUCUCCUUUAAAGACUUUAAGCAAGAAGUGAAAGAAAUGGAACCCCAGCCCACGUUCUCCUUUAAAGACUUUAAGCAAGAAGUGAAAGAAAUGGAACCCCAGCCCACGUUCUCCUUUAAAGACUUUAAGCAAGAAGUGAAAGAAAUGGAACCCCAGCCCACGUUCUCCUUUAAAGACUUUAAGCAAGAAGUGAAAGAAAUGGAACCCCAGCCCACGUUCUCCUUUAAAGACUUUAAGCAAGAAGUAAAAGAAAUGGAACCCCAGCCCACGUUCUCCUUUAAAGACUUUAAGCAAGAAGUGAAAGAAAUGGAACCCCAGCCCACGUUCUCCUUUAAAGACUUUCAGCAACAAGUGAAAGAAAUGAAACCCCAGCCCACGUUAUCUUUUAAAGACUUUCAGCAACAAGUGAAAGAAAUGGAACCCCAGCCCAAGUUAUCUUUUAAAGACUAUCAGCAACAAGUGAAAGAAAUGGAACCCCAGCCCACGUUCUCCUUUAAAGACUUUAAGCAAGAAGUGAAAGAAAUGGAACCCCAGCCCACGUUCUCCUUUAAAGACUUUAAGCAAGAAGUGAAAGAAAUGGAACCCCAGCCCACGUUCUCCUUUAAAGACUUUAAGCAAGAAGUGAAAGAAAUGGAACCCCAGCCCACGUUCUCCUUUAAAGACUUUAAGCAAGAAGUAAAAGAAAUGGAACCCCAGCCCACGUUCUCCUUUAAAGACUUUAAGCAAGAAGUAAAAGAAAUGGAACCCCAGCCCACGUUCUCCUUUAAAGACUUUAAGCAAGAAGUAAAAGAAAUGGAACCCCAGCCCACGUUCUCCUUUAAAGACUUUAAGCAAGAAGUAAAAGAAAUGGAACCCCAGCCCAAGUUGUCUUUUAAAUACAUUUUUAGCAAGAAGUGAAAGAAAUGAAACCCCAGCCCAAGUUAUCUUUUAAAGACUUUCAGCAACAAGUGAAAGAAAUGGAACCCCUGCCCAAGUUCUCCUUUAAAGACUUUCAGCAACAAGUGAAAGAAAUGGAACCCCAGCCCACGUUCUCCUUUAAAGACUUUAAGCAAGAAGUGAAAGAAAUGGAACCCCAGCCCACGUUCUCCUUUAAAGACUUUAAGCAAGAAGUGAAAGAAAUGGAACCCCAGCCCACGUUCUCCUUUAAAGACUUUAAGCAAGAAGUGAAAGAAAUGGAACCCCAGCCCACGUUCUCCUUUAAAGACUUUAAGCAAGAAGUAAAAGAAAUGGAACCCCAGCCCACGUUCUCCUUUAAAGACUUUAAGCAAGAAGUAAAAGAAAUGGAACCCCAGCCCACGUUCUCCUUUAAAGACUUUAAGCAAGAAGUAAAAGAAAUGGAACCCCAGCCCAAGUUGUCUUUUAAAUACAUUUUUAGCAAGAAGUGAAAGAAAUGGAACCCCAGCCCACAUUCUCCUUUAAAGACUUUAAGCAAGAAGUGAAAGAAAUGGAACCCCAGCCCACGUUCUCCUUUAAAGACUUUAAGCAAGAAGUGAAAGAAAUGGAACCCCAGCCCACGUUCUCCUUUAAAGACUUUAAGCAAGAAGUGAAAGAAAUGGAACCCCAGCCCACGUUCUCCUUUAAAGACUUUAAGCAAGAAGUAAAAGAAAUGGAACCCCAGCCCACGUUCUCCUUUAAAGACUUUAAGCAAGAAG